AUGGCUGAGGUUUCACAACCCAUUGAACUGCAUACCAUGCCUUGCGCCGAUUCUCGUCAUCUUCCGCGGAAACGGACCCGCACGGGGUGCGUCAAUUGCAGCCGACGAAGGCGGAAAUGCGACGAAGCAAAGCCUACGUGCACGGGCUGCAAGCGGCGCGGUGACAAGUGCCAAUGGCGCGUGCUAGGGUCGUUCCGUGAGGCCAACAUCAAGCCCGCUUGGUUUAAGAUUCUGAAUGUUGUUCCUUCUCGACCUGCUGGAAAAGAACGGCAAGCGACUCCGCCAGUUGAUGGUGAAAGAGUGUCAUCACCUGCGCGAUCACCUCCCGGUAGCGGUGAGGGUGUUGGUGAAGUGGCGCAGACGACGGUUUUGGAACAUGUGUCCGGAGCCGCUCCGGACCGUCCUCCGGCUGUGCUUAGUCCUGGUUCUAAUCAGGCUGUCUCGCCCAUUUCGCAUCAGAGCUUCCAUGAUGAAGAAGUCAAUAUUGGAAAUGGUCAUUCACCUCACCCGGCUGAACUGCCUCAUCCGUACCCUGAUGAAGCUCCCCAUCAGCCGUACCUCCAUUCUAGUCCCGAGUUCGUUGUCGAUGAGCUUACUGCUCUGCGUAACCUCUCCAAUAACCCGGGGCCCUUUCCUGGACCUGAAGUCUACCAGUCUAUAACAUCGCCGCUGUUUGAUCAUAGCGUUUUCUCGGAUCCAGCAAAUCUAACAAACGAUGUCUUCGUUCCGGGUUCAGCCUACGAAGCGCUUCACACCACGCUGCGUAACCGACAGCUCUGGACUGCCAGGACAGAAAUCCCCAGUCGCGCAAGCACCCCAGCAUCAGUGCUUGGAUACGACGGAAUCACGCCGUACGACCCACGCACACAGAGAAGCAGACGAGCCCAGUCCAGACCUGGGCGGGAAUUUGAACUGACAGCCGAGCGCGAGAACAUUCUUUGGCAGAACUACCUCAACGAGAUCUGCUUAUGGCUGGACAUGUUCGACAACCACCGACACUUCGCAUCGACCUUCCCUCAGAUGGCUAAGUCGUCGCCACAUCUGCGAUAUUCCAUCCUUGCCCUGUCAGCACGGCAGAUGGAGCGGCAACAAAACAAAAAGUCGCAAUCAGAAAGUCUUCUCUUAUACCAAGAGGCCAUCCAUCAACUUCUCCCGGAGCUAGAACAAAAGACAACCCCUGUCAUCGCGUCAUGCGUCAUUUUAUGCGUCCUCGAAAUGCUCAGCUGCAACCCCAAAGAGUGGCGCCGUCACCUCGACGGAUGCGCCUACCUUAUCCAAGCGGCGGAAAUCAACGGCUUCUCGGGUAAAGAGGAGCAGGCGCUAUUCUGGUGCUUCGCGCGAAUGGACGUCUGCGGAGGCCUCAUCUCCGAAGAAGAGACCAUUAUCCCGAUCCACCACUGGAUCCCGCGCGACAUGACCCCCACGGAAGCAUCCCAGCUCUUCCUCGCCUCGAACAUGACCACCUUUGACACGUAUGCCAAUUACACGGUCUUCCUGUGUGCCCAGACAUUAGGAGUGCUCUUCGGCGGUAGUAGCCAGUUACCAGCGUCCUGCAUGUCGUGCCACUAUCUCUCUAGUCCCGGGGAGGGCGAGUCUUUCAGGAAAUCAGCUCUAUCAUGCCUGCGCGUUGCUUCUGCUGCAGCGAAAACCAAAGACAAUAUCCCUGCCACGGCGACCGAAAUCGGUAUUAUGGCACGCGCGGCAAAUCUGCGCUAUUUCCGCAUCGAAUACUCACCACCGCUGUGGCUGGCUGGCAAAGUUAUGUCGCAUUAUUCGGAACAUACCGCCAUAAUCGAGACAUUGACGCGAAUUGAGCGCGAGACGGGCUGGGCAACAGCCUGGCGAGUGGAGGAUUUGAAGGAAUUUUGGGGGGACGAAGACGAGGAUGUGGAUGUGGAUAUGGAUGGGGGGAUGGACCUGGACCUGCGGAGUGAGAGGGAGAGAGGGAGCAUCGGGAGUAUUCCCUCGAGUCGGUCGUGA